AUGGCAAGUCGUCGUAAUAUUAUGAGAAUACAAAAACAAUCAACUGCCUUUUUCCUUUGCGACAUUCAGGAAAAAUUUAGACCUCAUAUUCAUCAAUUUCAAAGUGUAGUUUCGACUGCACAGAAAAUGAUUUCAGCAUCCAAAACUUUGGAGGUACCUUUAGUUGUUACUGAACAGAAUCCUGGAGCUCUUGGAAGUACAGUUCAAGAACUUGAUAUUUCUACUGCAGAUGUAGUUAGCAAGACUAAAUUUUCGAUGUAUGAAGAAAAGGCACAUGUAUGUGUACUUCAAACAACUUUGGAUUUGUUGGAAAAUGAUUAUGAAGUUCAUAUAUUAGCUGAUGGUGUUUCUUCGAUAAAUUAUCCAGAAAUCGAUAUUGCAUUGCAGCGUUUAAAACAAGCAGGUGCAUCAGUUACAACUUCAGAAUCAAUUUUGUUUCAACUUCUUGGUGAUGCUACACAUGAAAAAUUUAAGCAAAUUUCGACUUUGAUCAAAGAAUAUAAAGAAGCAACUUCUAAUAAUAAAUUGUUAUAUAAACCUACUUUGUAA